AUGAAGAUCGACAGAACUUCUGAAAUUAUAAAACCUAUAGAGGAGACAAACCAUCUUGCAUUGGAAAACAACAGUGACCUCCUGACCAACAUCUCAGACUGUCCCCAGGUUCUUGUGCCAGAAGAAAUCUUCUUCAGCAUUGCCAUUCUGGGGAUUCUGGAAAACCUGCUUGUGCUCAUAGCAGUGUGGAGAAACAAGAAGCUCCAUUCUCCCAUGUAUAUUUUCAUUUGCAGUUUAGCUGUUUCAGACAUGCUAGGAAGCUUGUAUAAGACUCUGGAGAACAUCUUCGUCAUUGUAUUUUGCAAAAUGAAAUCCCUAACCUGUCAGGGGGUCUUGGAAACAACAAUGGAUGAUAUUACAGAUUUCAUGUUUAUUUUGUCUUUACUCGGAUCUAUUUUCAGUCUCUCAGCCAUUGCAGCUGAUCGAUAUAUAACCAUCUUCUAUGCACUGCAAUACCAUAACAUCAUGACAUGGAAGCACGCAUUAGUGAUCCUGAUGGUAAUUUGGGUAUUCUGUGCUGGGAGUGGAAUAGCAAUGGUCAUUUUUUCUCAUGCAACAGCGACCAUUGUGUCCUUUGCUGUUCUGUUUUGUUUUAUGCUCAUUUUCAUCCUCUGCCUUUAUAUCCACAUGUUCCUGCUUGCACGCACCCAUGCAAAGAAGAUCGCUUUGAUGCCUACAAGCUCAGUUCACCAGAGAGGCAACAUGAAAGGGGCCAUCACCUUAACGAUCUUACUUGGUGUCUUCCUCUGCUGCUGGGCCCCCUUUGUCCUCCAUAUGCUUCUAAUGAAGUUUUGCCCACAAAAUCCAUACUGUAUUUGCUAUACCUCCAUUUUCCAUGUGAAUGGCAUCCUGAUCAUGUGUAAUGCUGUAAUUGACCCAAUGAUUUAUGCAUUUCGAAGUAAAGAAAUGAGAAGUACAUUUAAAAGAUGGUUCUGCUGUCAGAAACCAAGUUGGACAUAG